CUUCAUCCAGGAACUCAAACUCUCGAAUAAGCACAUCGCACAAUCCGUUGGAUCUGUUACCCUUAAAAAGGUGUAGUGGAUUACAUGACCCUCUAGACGAUAACUUUUAUUUGCUUGAAGAUAUAAUCCUGUUGACGACAACUACAAGAAUCAAGACCAUUUUCUGUUGACGUCCUGAGUGCUCGAAGACGUGUCGUCAGACAACGUUGUUUCACGGGCCACGAAGCUACGAGAGCUUUAUUUCACAAAAAAUAUAGCGCUUCUGAGUUGCUCCAGCAAGUGGAAAAAAAUUUGCCACGACCUAGACCAGCAUUGGCGAUCAAGAACGAUUGGCGACAAAUUGUUAAGGCUCUGAUGAACUUGCGGAGUUCCUACUUCGAUUCUGAGUCCUUCGAUUCCGAGACUGAGAGGACUAUGUCUGGACGCGGCUAAGAGUAUGAGUAGUUUUUAUGAUGAGCUCUUACUUCGACUAAGAUUGAGGAAAAAAGACGACGAAAAGGAAAGAUCGAGGAAGCAGCACGACGAAAAGGAGCUAUCCAACGCCCGUCUUGCUCUGGCAGGAAUAGGCCCUCGACGACCAGAACAAAAACACCCAAAUUCCUGCCCUCUACUUGUACAUCCGUAUUCCGACCCCAUAGAAGGACCAUUAAGGCUUACCGUAAUUCAUCUUGAGAAGCAUCUUUAGUCCCUUUUCUUUUAAGGCGGAAAAACGUAAAAGAUGACUUCCAAAAUGAAUAUCUGUAAGGUCUAAUACCACACGCGAUCGCGAAUUCAACGUCGUGGUCAAAGCUGCAUAAAGACCUACAACAAGUAGAACGAUACUACGUAGUUCGAGACGAAGACGAACCAUACUACGUAGAGAACUUUUUCUACAACAACCAGGACAGUUCCAGCCCGUGGUCUAUUCGCUUAGCUAGAGACCACCGCAACCGCAUCUACAAGAUGGGCGGAGCGAAGACGGAGCACAUGCCGACGAGCGCUGCGGCACUCGCUGGACAGACUAGAGACUGGAUUAAAGAGUUAUGUCACAGAUUCUAAAAUACCGAUGUGCUGUGAGACUUUUUAGAAGUUGAAAUUAUCUUGUAGUUGUACUUGUACCUCUACUUCUUGGUUAAUAUAGUUGUAGUUUUUUGAGAUGAAUCUUCACUAUCAGCACUUUGAUUAUACAGUGGACCAUGUGCUGAUACAAGUCGAGUUCUUGACCCACGUGAUAACGUGUCCGCAAGAAUUUGCUCAUCUUGAUGUUCUCGGAUCUUUGACGACAUUUGAAUGUUAGCAAAGGUCGCAAAAUGUGUCAAUCGGCUUCUAACCCUUGGAAUGUCCGCAAAAUUUAUAUUAAUCUCGAUCUCCACAACUCCUUUCAUUUUCUGCUGACAAGAAGAAGAAAAAUCACAAGCGAAGCGGAGCGUCAGCAAGAUUUAUUAUCAAUGGAGCAAAAUCGAAAUUUGUAGUCGUUCCUCUUACGCUUCUGUUUGUGAAAAAAUUGGCUUCUAUCUCGUGCGAGUGUGAGUGAAUGAGCGUGAGAGAUAGGGCAAGAGGAACGGUGCACACCAAGAAUAGGUGUGCGUGGAAAGACAAUAUCUUUUCUGUUUCAGGUGCGUAGCGACACCUCCCUUUUCUGAGCUAUCACUCCGCGCCCGCGUUGCGGCCUCCCUGGUGGCCACGUCGUCUUGCGCUUCUAUUUUGAAUCCGUUGUCUCCAAAAUUCCUUUCAGCGAGUCGGCCUCCACUAGGCUCUCCCUGUUGCGGAAAGAGACGUGGCCACACUUGUGGCGCCUGCAUUCAUUGCCCUGCGGGGCGCAGGUGACAGCAGCAUUACUGCUUGUCUUCGCGCCAUGAAUACAUGGUGAUGCCCUUCACGACAAUCACGUGGACAGGGCGGCAGCAAGCAUUAUAUCAAUAAUAUAAUGCCAGGUUCGCUACCUUAUAGCUUCUCUUUAUGUAGUGUUAGUUAGGUGUUUAAGUUGGUUAAUUCUUGUUUGAUUAAUUUAUUUUGUAUAAUGCCAUAAUAAAUCACAAGCGAAGCGGAGCGUCAGCAAGAUUUAUUAUCAAUGGAGCAAAAUCGAAAUUUGUAGUCGUUCCUCUUACGCUUCUGUUUGUGAAAAAAUUGGCUUCUAUCUCGUGCGAGUGUGAGUGAAUGAGCGUGAGAGAUAGGGCAAGAGGAACGGUGCACACCAAGAAUAGGUGUGCGUGGAAAGACAAUAUCUUUUCCCCACCCUUCAAGCGAAUCCGCCGCUCAAAAUAUGAGCGCUCCCGUCCCUUCUUUCUGCUUAUUCUAAUUCCUUUGUUUCAUAAUUCCUACACUUUCAUUCACUAGUCAAUCAUCAUUUCCGUGAACUGCACACUAGUUUAUCUCAAUACCAUCAUGCAAUGAGUAACAAUACUCAAAAUCCACCGUCGGACUUGUCCCCGACGAAGCUAUACGAAGAAGGUCACAUCGACCUUCGCCAACUGGUAAUCCUGAAGAGGAAGAAAGCUAAGCUGGACAAAAAAGCGUCUGCCAAAAAAUCGUCGGAUUCUUCUUCUUCUUCAUCCAGUGCGACAACUUGCAACAACCCGGCUGCAGACCAAUACAUCGCAAAACGGCAUUACGACAGCAGUAAAUCACUCGAUGAGCUUCGGCUAGAAGCUUACGAGUUCACGAGGGAGAACAAAAACAUCAAUGCGUCACUGAAUCUGGUGGCCAAUCCUCCACGUUUCAAAAAAGCCUUCGAAGCUGUGACUAAACGUGGAGGCCAUCAGGUUGAGGACAUCCGCAUCAAGCGUUAUUUCCAGAUUAUGGCUACCCUUGCUGUGCAUGACGACAGCUGCAAGGAUGCCAUCCCGAUCACGCGUACCAAGGCGCUAAAAUUCCUUACGGCUCUCGUAGGGGAUCAGGAGAAGUCCAUUUAUUCCUCUGCCGACGACUAUCUCUUCAGCGUCUUAGGCAGGCUCAGAUGUAUUGAGGGCGGAUCAUCUAUCUCGGAUGCUGAUUCCGCCGAAAUUCGCAGCUGUGUCACCAGAUUGCGCCGUCAGGGAAAGUUUGCGCACGAACCCGCGCCAGGUCUGCUUCUGGAGGAGGCGGUUGACAUGGUUCAAUACGACUACGUCUUUGCUGCAGCACUCAGUGUUGCUUUUUUCUUUGGGGUCAGGCGUACUACGCUUUUGGUUCUUACCAAAUUUGGUGGUCCGGCCGACGAUUUUCAUCCCGAUUGCGAUGGUCUAUCCGAUGAUAACGACGCUAUUUGCGACGCAGCGGACCCUCCAGAACUCGCACCUCCCACAUCUGAAUUUGUCCCUUCUAACAAGAACAUCUAUACUGAUUUUUCUGGUGAUUUCAAAUACAACUCACGUAGUAAAAACUUCAUGCUUGACUUAUCCCCCUACAUCCUCAAAUCCAACUUCCAAAAACGAAUUUUUGUACGGUGCCUCUGCCUAGAGAAAGAUCGCACUUUGAGGAAAUUAUGCCCGCACAAAACCAUUCCGCUGUUAGCCAGGGAUGGUUCAUGGAAGGCAGAUUAUCUGGAUAAUUUGGAGUUGCAUUUCCAGCUGAGGAAAACCCACAUGACUAGGGUGGGUUGUUUGCAACAUCUGAUGGGAUGCAACCUACCCGACACGAGGAUUGCGUCCCAUCUUCGCUGGAUGAAGGACAACAUGGUUACCUAUUACAAUCGUGGCAACAUGUACAAUGAUUGUCGCUUCAAGGGUUUGUGUUUCAUCCCGCUUUAAUGAACUUACUUCUUCAUCAUUUGUUGAAAAAAUAAUUUUGCUCAUAACCAUGAUUACACGUUCUCCCUUACGAGAGCCACGACUUGCAGUACAAGUCUCUUGCCGGGUGGGCCUGCGGAUUCGCGAUGUUGGUUGCCAAGAACACAAUCCCGCCGAGCACUGAGUGUGAGUGAGCAGUUAUCUGAGUGCAAAAAUAGCCUCUGAAAACAGCUUCACAAACCACAAAAUUGUGAAUCUAUUUGUCCUUGCUUGAAGUAAGGACUGAUGGUGCCAUGGUAAAUCUAAACGCCGAUACAUCAUUACCUACUCUUUUUUGUUUACUCUUAUUAUUUGCACUCCGCUUGCCUCAUUAAUCCUUUAUCUACUGCUUCUUUUAAUUCCAUUUUAGUUCCUUAAGCUCUUCACCAAUUGUUUCUGACUCCUUCCACUUGUCUUACCAAGACAAUCCGCAACACAAUGGCCGACGCAGCCAACUUGCAGCAGCCUUUGGCUGACGCCAUCCAACAGGUCGAAAUUGCCAAUCAUCGCAACGCAAUCGCCAACGUGCCGCGUAUCCAUCGUCUCCCUGAGGUAAAGGAUUUUCGUCGCAUCAAUGACGCUAUUCGCCACCGCAACGUGGAAACUCUCCGUGGUUCUAAGGUCAAGAACUACAAAGGUGACAAGGUGGAACUGUCCAUCGAAUCCAUGCUCUACUACCUUUCGGUGGCAGGGCGCGAGGCCCGCUGUCUCACGGAACAUCAGGUCACGAGGGCCAUGAAUCUUCUAUCCGAGAAGAUUCGCGAUGUUCCAGAGAAAUAUGAGGAGAAUCGCGAUGAAUGGGAGAAGACUGUGCGGAAGGCUUGGUGGGACUCCUUCCGAAAUGCGGAGAUGCAUGCGCCGGAUCGUGCUUUGCCCAAUGGUGGCGGUCAGACGACCUAUCAGAAUAGGCUUGCCGGUUUCAUCAUCGGCACCUUCGAGACCGACUUCAUCCGUAACAUGACUACUAUCGAGCAUACCCAUAACACCAUCAUGAACAACAUUGAAAUUAUCUCUUCGUGCAUCCCAGUACCUAGUAAUAACGGUGGAGGGAAGAAGAACAAGAAGGACAACAAAGAUGAUGAUGACAACAAUAGUCGCGCCCCCAAGGUGUGCUGGCACUACUGCAAGGGGACGCCGUGCAGGAACGACACUUUUAAUAAAAGUGGUCGUGUCUACUGUCAGCGAGGACUACACCCUCGCCAGGGAGAACUAAGUAAGGGAGAUUACGACAAGAUCCGCCGUUUCUCCGUGGCGAAGAAGGCGCUCGCCGAUGUGGAAUUCGAGUCCUGGUGCAAGAGCAAGGACAAGAAGAAAAAGUCCAAGAAGGACAAAAAGGAGGACGAUGACGAUAAGGAGAGCAGUAGCUCCUCCAAGUCUCGUUCUCCUCGCCGCUAGAGGAGUGGCUUUAGUUUGCUCACAAUAGAGCCGAACUACAGGUUCGUCUUUCUUUCUUUACCCUUCAUCAUUGAAUAUAAUCACUACUCCAGUUGUUCAGUAAAUUCUCUUUACUCUCUCAAUUUCUUCAUUUGGCUCUCUCAAUCCAUUUAUUUAUUUUGUUUCUUCUCCACGAAUACACUCUUCUUACUCAUUCUUUCUAUGUUAUUUCUGGUGCCACAGUUUCGCUAGUAGUGCAGUUAAUCAAUCAUUUCCUUUCCUCACUUUUUCAUAAGUAUUUCUGUUGUUAUUUUCAGUAUAAUUACGUUUCCCUCUGGUGCGGUUUAAUAUCUCUGUGUAGCCAUCACUAUCUUGCGUUUCAUCCAUUAUGUUUUUUUAGUAUCUUCUUAAUUCACCUACUCACUUUUGCUUAACCUCAUAUUUUGCGUUUAUCACCCAUGUUACUUGCUAUCUCCUCAUAUUUUGCUACAAUUUCCAUACCUAGAAUCAAACUCAUGGCAACACGUCGAUCCUUUUCUCAACUGAUCGAAGUUUGCCCACAAGAUUCGAUUUUUUUCGCACCCGCGAGUGCGCCUCAUACGACACGGCCGUCAUCAGAAUGUUGCAAGUUUGAAAAAAUUGCAUCCGUCCAAGCAGCUACAGGCAAAGGCCGUUCAGCACUCUUAAUAGGAGUCUGCGCGAGUUCCCGCUGCCCGCACUGGAGUGGUGUGAAAAUGGAAAGAACUGUGAACGAAUGUCAAUAGACAAAUUAUAUCUCCCAUGUUAUGCCAUUGACUAUUUUGCUAUUGUUUGCUCUCCCGUCUCUUCACUGAUUAGCUUCUAGUUCUGUGUUGUUUACGAAAAUGAAUAUAUCUUCUGCUAAAUCCAAUGAAUACGACUCCAAGUUCGAAGCGAUGCGUCAACGCAUUGCGUUCGACGUUCGCAAAAAAUCCCCAUUCUCUCCCCCUGACGAGGACGUGGGAAGGCUUAAUGCCUUCAAGGCGUUUAGUGAGGCUGCUGUUACAGCCGAAGUCGACCAAGUGGCUUCCGCUGCACUGCAGGAGGACGAGCUCCUCAAAAACAGCAUGGACCCUGAACUACUAAAAAUACAUCAUCGAUACAACAUUGGGUUUUUUAAGCAAGCGUCUGAUCUUGCCGGCCACGAUGAUUUGGACGCGUUUCAAGAACUCACCAUUGGUGGGUCGUGCAUUGGUGCGUGUGGCACCCCGACUUGUUGGCCGAAGCAUGUGAAGCGGAGACCCAAGAUGUCAUCACUUCCUCUUCCCAAUAACAUCCAUAAAUACGCCCCUCCUGCUCGUCCCCCUGCCGACUGGUCGCCAGAAUCCAUUGACGAAAUUUGGCGUCAAUCCAUGGCCGAGACGGUUACUGAGCCGCUUCUGGGUCACGCGAGAUGUUUGCCUCCCAUCUCCUACGAUGAAGCCAUUUUGCAGAGAUGGUCCUACGUGUUUAGGCGCUACGCUGUUGUCCAGCGCAGCAAAACCAGGAUGAUCGAUCCUGCUUGUGCGUGUAAUGAACGCAGCGACUUGGAGCGCAGUGUGCCAAUGGCGUCCGCUAGUGACAUUCUGGCCACUGCCACGGCGCUAAAACAUCCGAUAUUACGAGAUCACAACGUUGUUUCCUUGUCUCGUCGAGCUCUUAAACGUGGUCGCAACCUGGAACUCCAGUACGAAGCGGCAUUUCAGCGCUUUUUGGAUGAUGGCACCCCCAUCCCGGACCACCUUUUGAAGACUCCUUCCCAAUACCACGACUCUAGUAGAGCUUCCCACGCGAACGAUGACAAUAGCAAGCGGUUCCGGGUGGACUACAGCUUGAUCAUCAUGAUUGUCAUGCUGUGCAUCGACAUCCAUAAAGCCUACAACACGAUAGGGGUGCGGGUUGAUCACCGUCGCUAUAACAGGUUUUGUGCAUUUAAUGGGUCCGUGUACAUGUUUUUUCAAUCACUCGUUUUAAUAUUUGGAAAUGUACAUUCUGUCAAAUCCUGGUGCAGAGUAUCUGCGGCCAUCAAGAGCAUCCUGCGUUUUUUUCUGGGAAUUUGCGUCUCCGUCUACGUUGACGAUUUUCCGGCCCCUGUGCCAAAGGCCGUUGGUGAGGCUGUGCGACGUGUCGCUCUGCAUAUUAUCAUGCGGUUAGGUUUUCCGGUGCAUGGUGACAAGGCUCGCCUCGGCGAGUGUCUAGAGGUGUUAGGACUCAUCUUCGAUCUCGCUGCUGAGGUGCCAGAAUUUUUCGUGUCGCUGGCACGACGGCAGUCUAUUCAAGCUAUCUUGCGGUCUGCCUUGGAGAAAUCCGCAAUAUCCCACGAUGAUGCGGAGGUUGUGUUGGGCAAGCUCAUGUUCUGCCUUUCUGCUGUCAUCGACAGGCAGUUUAAUCCGCUUUUGCGGCCGCUUACGCAAUUUGUCAAUAAUCCUGGUUCUCCUUUUUCCGACAAGCUCAGGUGCUGCUUCGAGAACAUCAUUCGGAUCCUCGAUAAGGAUCUCAGGAAAAGAACCAAAUGGGAGCCUCCUUCUUCGGCCAACAUCAUGUUGUACACUGAUGCAUCCUACUCCCACAAGGUGGGUUGGCUUUCCGGCGUGUUAGUGCUUGACGGCCGCAUAAAAGUAUUCCGCAUUCGCGUCAGACACAAGAACAUCAUUGCGUCUUCUCGCAAGGCGCCGAUCAACUUCCUAGAAACAAUUGCCACAAUUGUGGCCAUCUUCUUCUUCCGCCAUGACCUGCAGGGCAGGUUUAUUCGUAUUUCUGUCGAUAAUGAAUCGGCUAAAUGGGCGCUUCUCAACAUGUCUUCCCCGUCGGGGGACAUGUCUCGCGCCGCUCUUUUCUUCUGGUCGCUGGCUGCCCAGCUCGACAUUACGCCUUGGGCCGACCGCGUGCCUACGGGUGUUAAUAUUGCUGACGUGCCAACUAGGCCGGUGUUUUUCGACUACAUCAUUGCGAAGUAUCCCUGCUUCUUUGACGAGAUUUUGGAGCUCGACGAGGCUGCGUUACUAGUCAUGUUCGAUGCGUUGAAAUUGCGCAAUCCCACUAGCUUCGGAAUUUCCGAUGACAUUCAAUUGGACGAUCUCAUAGCUCCACACGACGAAAACAAUUUGCAAUUCCACACAUAAAUCUUUAAAUCGAUCCAUUUUGCAACUUUCCAUAUUUAUUUUGCCAUUCCACUCCACUCACAUGAACAUUGUUCAUUCAGUCGAGGAAGUAGCCUCGCCUUGCUGCAUUUCGCCACGAUCACCGUUAACGGGCUCGUUGACAAAAGUGAUCUUUGCUUGUCGUGUUCUGCAUCUUGCGGAGACGUGGCCACACUUGUGGCGCCUGCAUUCAUUGCCCUGCGGGGCGCAGGUGACAGCAGCAUUACUGCUUGUCUUCGCGCCAUGAAUACAUGGUGAUGCCCUUCACGACAAUCACGUGGACAGGGCGGCAGCAAGCAUUAUAUCAAUAAUAUAAUGCCAGGUUCGCUACCUUAUAGCUUCUCUUUAUGUAGUGUUAGUUAGGUGUUUAAGUUGGUUAAUUCUUGUUUGAUUAAUUUAUUUUGUAUAAUGCCAUAAUAAACAGUUUUUACAGCGAUGAAGACGAAGCGGAAAUUGAGGCUGUCCAUGCCAAAACUCGUCAAUGGCAGCUCUUUUUUCGUCGACACUUGAGCCCGUUCGCUUCGGCAUUGUUCUCAGAUGGCAUGACUGCGACAAUGAAUGAAGUCGAACAGUAUGCGAGGAAGCAACUACAUCAAGUUUUAAGGGUAGGUCAAAGGUGUUUCUGUCACCGUUCGUUUUGCCUUUCUCCUGAAGGGAAAAGGCAUAACGAACGGGGUGAACGAACACCAAAAGCCUACCGCUAAAAGUGAGCAACAUCAAUAACCAGCGAAACGGCACUGGCUCCGAGACCUCUUCCCGAUGCCUUGUGGACGAACAGUCCAACUUUUAAGACAACAUGUAGCUUCUUAGAUCAACAUCAAUGGCGAUAAGGAUAAGGAUUACGAUUAGGUUUACAACAACAUCAAUGGCGAUUCUUAGAUCAAGAUCAAUGGCGAUUACGAUUAGGUCUACAACUUAUUGUUCUAAAUCUAAACUUGUCAAGUGCCACAACCUACAAUCUAGUCCACUCAUCAUCAUUAUUGGUCUUACCAUUACCUUUCGUCGAACUAAUCACAAGCUAAAGGACCUUCAAAUAAGUAGUCCUUGGGUAACAAGUAUUCAACCCUCCUCGCGUGCGAACACUGUGAUGUAGCCAUCUUCACGUCGGCGAGAUAGUCUCUAAUGCUAAUCUCUAUAAAAAACACCCGUAAAUAUGGGCAAUAGUCUCUAAUUUGUGAAGACCUCUGGAACUGGAGCUGGGCAAAUGAAAGCAAUCGUAGAGAAGGGACAGGAUUACACGAAGUCGGAAAGUGAAGAGUCGUGUUUGCCACCUUUGCUGUGUCUGCAGGAGCUGACAAAAGGCUGUGAAAAGUUACGACUCCGUAAGCGAGCACUUGCAGCACCCAAUGCCGCGCAGAGGGCGACCUUGCAGUGGGUAUUCGAUCAAAUUGAAGGUGACACCGGCAGUCGUUUUUAAGGCUUUGAACCACCUGUAACUCUCAUAGAAUUCAUCCUCACUAUCCUAUAUUACGGCCUGUAGAAUUGCUUAUGCAUGUUCUAUCCACCUUUUUAAGUAGCGCGUACGAGAUAAGUAAGUAGAAGUACUCCCAAUACAUAGAAUUAGAAUGAGAAUGCAUCAGUUGUAAUAGAAAUGAAAUGCUUGAGACCUACGCUACAUUUGAUGGAUCAUGUUGGAUUAUGAUUCUCGCUAAGCUUUUCUGUGGUCCCGUCGCUCGCCUCCAGUGCAAGCGCAACACCAAACGUUGAUGGAGCUCGUGGCCUUUUUGAAGUACACCAACUGCAAACCUAUCUUUUUCAGCUCUAACUACUUACAUACAAUUACAUCUACACUUUAACAUCCUUAAAGUCCAUCUCUUUCGCUUUUUUCUUGUCGUCGUCCUAACUAUCAAUUAGAUCAUUCAUAUUCAUAUAUUUUUAUUCUACAAAAACUUUUAUGGGUUUACAACUUUUAGUCUAUAUAUUUUACUCUACAAAAACGAAAGGAAAUCGUUGAACUUCUACUCAAGGAAGGAAUUAGUAACUAUCUGAUGAAAGCGCCUACGAUAUUCAUCUGAACAAUUUCUUCAUGAUCCUUCUUAUUCUACUAAAACAUCUGGGAAUAUUUACUACAACUACUACCACCACCAGGCCAAUAUUUUUACAUGUCGCAGAGGAAUGGUCCAUUGGCGGCGAUGAGAAGAAGAAGAACGGCCAAGGGACAGUACUUGCGAGUCUCUUCUCCUGGGAAAAGGACCGCAUCCAGAAAAUCUCGAAACCCCGGGAGCCUCUGCCCGUUCCUACUCGCCUGACACCAGAAGCAUGGACGCUAGGUCGACUUGUCGACUUUUUUCGAGAACAAGUACGUGGAAUGCUACUCAUGGCCUUCGACGCGAAGCUUUACCCGUUGGCUAUUUAUGAAGCGCGAGCCUGAGCGACCUCUAGUAGAUUAAUAACGUUACAAAUGAAAUUCUUUUUCAAUAUCAAAAGACUAUCCAUAGCCAUAGGUAGUUGUAACCCCAGCUCGCUCGUGUACUGAUCAUUUUCUUAUUUCUCUUUCAUUUUUCGCCUCCCGACUUGCUUUGCCGUCGUUUCCAAGAAAAGCGGGAUAACCGACGUGCCCUCUUCCUGGCUAUGAGCGGCGAAGAGCAGGUGGAAGCUAUGUUCCAGUUUGCACGCCUCCUAAAAGGCCACUCGACCGCAGGACACCCCGUAGAUUAAGGCACUUGAGAAUUCGUCUCCACAGGCUACUUUUGUAGUACUAGCUUUCUAGUAGGUAGUACUAGCUUGCUUCACCCUCGUAGUACAAUGUAAAACCUCUCUUCGUUUCAUUCUUGACUUCGUUUCAUUCUAGGAUGCUUCAGAAAGUACCUAUACUAGCGGACGAUGCAGUAUUGUGCGCUCGUGCUCUAAUUAUAGACAGGAGACACGUCUUGGAUGCUCCAACGCGGCGAGUCCUGUCUAGGCUUGGCACACGAACCAGCAUGGUACUGAAUUGAGCAAUAGUACUUCUAUAGUCGUGGUUUAUUUCUCGAAGGUCCUGGGCAAUUCUCAGCUCUACAUUUGAGGGCAUUAAUCAGACGAUAGAACCGCAAAUUUUCAAGAUCGGUAUGCCUGGCUAAUUGUAAUUCUCAGCUCUACACUUGAAGGCAUUGCGCAGAGAAAGUCGAAGUCUCAUACGUAAGCUGAGAGUAUCUCAAAUUUUCAAAAUCGGCAUGCCUGGCUAAUUCUCACCUCUACACGUUAACGCAUUGCACAGAGAAAGUUGGAGGCUCAUACACAGGUUGAGAGUAUCACAAAUUUUCAAAAUCGCUUUGCCUGGCUAGUUCUCAGCUUUACAUUUUCAGGCAUUGCACAGAGAAAGCCGACGUCUCAUAGAUAGGCUGAGCGUGUCGCAAAUUUUCAAAAUCUGUAUGCCUGGCUAAUUCUCAGCUCUCUCUGUGCAAUGCCCUUUGAGGCAUUUCACAGAGAAAGUUGUCGUCUCAUACAGAGGCUGAGAGUAUGGCAAAUUUUCAAAAUCGGUAUGCCUGGCUAAUUCUCAGCUCUGCACUUUCUGGCAUUGUACAGAGAAAGUUGACGUCUCAUACAGAGGCUGAGAGUAUCGCAAAUUUUCAAAAUCGGUAUGCCUGGCUAAUUCUCAGCUCUCUCUGUGCAAUGCCCUUUGAGGCAUUUCACAGAGAAAGUUGUCGUCUCAUACAGAGGCUGAGAGUAUGGCAAAUUUUCAAAAUCGGUAUGCCUGGCUAAUUCUCAGCUCUGCACUUUCUGGCAUUGUACAGAGAAAGUUGACGUCUUAUGCAGAAGGUGAGAGUAUCGCAAAUUUUCAAAAUCCAUAUGCCUGGCUAAUUCUCAGCUCUACACUUCAAGGCAUUGCGCAGAGGUAGCUGCUGGCGUCUCAUACAUAGGCUGAGAGUAUCGCCAAUUUUCAAAUAAAUCGGUAUGUCAACUACUUGUUAAUAAGUUCUACGGCAACGUUUUGCCCAACCUGUGUUUACGCUUCUGUUACAUAAAAACCAAGUUCUACAUUUACAAUGCAUCACGUAACCAAGUUCUACAUUUACAAUGCAUCUUGCUCCACUUCUCAUCUUUUUGGCAGUCUGCACGGUUUAUUGUGUUAGCUCUUGGCCUCGUGGUAUUAGCUCUGAUACUACUAGCAAGGCUCCGCCUUGCCCUCAAUCAGUCAGAAAUCUAGUCCUUUCACAAUUAUUGUACUCACCGCUUUUAUGGCAAUUUUGCAAAAUGCAACAGCUUUGUCCUAUGCCAAUUCCAGGUACCCACGAAGCAGUCAUUAUUUGAAGAUGCUAUACGAACUUUUCUUCGGCAACGGCGGCGCGGGGAGAAAGCAUUUUCCGCUGGGAUUCAUGCUCUACGACUGCAACAGGUACUCAACACUCUGCUAGUAUCUAGAUACAGGAGGUACUGCUUCUGGACCUCGUCCACCGUGUCAGUGGUGCGUUCAUAAGUGUUAGCCGAUAUUAGUUCAGGAGACUUACUUGAGACGCCAACAACGUGAUGAUGAUCUUUAUCUGCUUGCAUUUCAGAUUCAGUUUCACAUCUACUAUCGAUACAUAACAGCGAAAUACGCGACUGCGUUUUUAUUAUAAAUAUAGUUCUACUUCAUGUUUUGACGACCUCGUGUCUCUGUCAUAUACAGUUUUGUUCGAAGUGCCAAUGGAAAAAUGUCGCUGCCGAAAGUGUCGGCGAUUGGCUACGUUCUAAAGCAGAUUCUUGAGGUGGCAUUGCAGAAGCAAGAUUCCUUACUGGUUGAGUUGAGGUCACCAGGAAGUGACACCGAUCCGUUGUGGUUAUGAUGAAGGAUGGUUUUUUUACUGGCGAACUUUACCUAAUACAUCAGCUUUCAUCUGAAUUCUGAAAAAGCUAAGUCUAAGAACAUUCAUUCGUGAAAGUACCGCGGUUCUAGAAGACUCUUCUAACACUGGAUUAUCAGCCCUCCGACGGAGAGUUUCGAUAUCCGCGUAAAGUCGGCAGCAAUGUCGUCUACACGAAAGAUAUAUUGCGAUAUCGUAGGCAAUUGUCCCAUUUUCUCCUCCGUUUCCGAGGACUGCAAAAAGAUCUCGCUCACUUGGCGGAGCAAUCGUGCAGCCAGAGUAGUGCUGGAAACAGGCCAUUCUUAAGGCUGGCAACUACGAAUUUUUAGUAAAUGUUGUCAUGUCAUAGUCCCUCUUAAUAUGUUCUUACUACACUACUGUCUAGUACUUGUGAGGCCAUCUUCCAAUGCUGUGUCAACAAGAACAUCACCAGGAGAUAGGCCUCAGCCGUGCAUUCUCAGCCGUGCAUUCCUGGCUGUUUUUUUACUUGAAGAAAAGCAACCUCCCUGCAAGGAUGUAUCUAUCAGAGAAAGAGAUGAUGUCGCCGUGAAGACAGCUCUAACGUUGAGUGGCUAUCGUGAAAGCACUCGCGACCUGAUUGCGCAAGACGACAUGCUGCGGGUCUACGGAGACCGCUAUGGUGACGUCCUGUUCGCCGUCAUGAUGCAUGUGCACGUCUGGUGCGACGUCGUCGUGAAGAGCGAUGUCGGGGACCUCCAUGCUCCGCCGUUCGGAAUGGAACACUUUCAUGGAUUUUUACCCAAAUUGGAAAACCAGAGGCCAGAGCCAAUGCGAAUCUCCGCGCAUCGCGAUCAGUAUGACCUUGCGGAACCAGUCGAUGGUGCAUCUGGAUCUGCAGAUCAUCGUGUCUCAACAACACCCAACAAGAACUGCGGUACAACGAUGCCAUCAAUGUUAGGGCAACCGCUACUACAGCAUCCUCAGCACCAUCGAUCCCUGGCCUCUUUUUCAACGGAGAAAAGCGCACAGGGUUGGGCUCAGGGAUGCGACGCGGGAGCUCUAACACUAGCGGCUCCAGGUUCGUUUCCGCCAGUUGUAAAUUAUCCAUCGGAUGACGCUGAUUUGCAUACAACAUCGGAAGAAGCGAGUGCGCCACAGGAACACACGGAAUCUCAAAACCGACCAAUGCCGUAUAACCCGUACAUCUUCAGCCAGCUGCCAGAGUCGGACAAUCAGCUAACCUUGCGCCACUUGCGCGCUGUGUUGGAGGAUACGUGGCCCGACCAGGACUUCAGUCAGCAGCAUUUCUUUUAUGCUUUAGACUUCUUCGUCAGUAGUCGUCGUACUGUAGGUUUAUUUUCGUGUUUGUUCUUCGAUGAAAAUCAUGUCCAUGUGGUCCGCGAUUUUUCAUUACUAGAAGCAGUAGUUCUUCAAUAUUUCUUGCGUGUAUUUAAUAAUUUACAUUAUUUAGUAUAUGACUAUGACUCGAUGUAGAUGUAAGUACAAGUAGUUCUUCAAUACUUCUUGCGUGUAUUUACAUUAUCUAGUAUGUGACUCGAUGUAGAUGUAAGUACAAGAACUAACAACAGUUUUAGUACCUCCUCCGAUAGAUGAUGAGACAUGAUGUUUACUAGCUAUGCUUAGUUGUAUUUGUACAACGAAGGUUGAUAUUUUUUGCGCCCAUUAGCUGAGGAGAAAUCACCUCCAUUGUGCUGCAGCGCACAUCUAAUUUUCUACAGAGAGCGGCAAUCAUUUUCACGUGGAUGAUCGAGAGACGGACUUUUCGCGGUCAGGAUCGCUCGACUGGGUAGCCACAAUGCCUGCUCCGAGCGCCGUACUAAGACUAACUCCUAGUGUAAAUAUACUUACAUAGAUGCUGUGGUUCCUGGUGGUGGUGCUUCCUGAAAAACAAAACACUGAUGUUGUUGCUUGUGCUUUAAGGUUAGUCUAGGAUAGAUGGUAAUGUUUGAGGUAAUUAGAAAUUGACUCCAUGAAUGAAUCAUGAUUCAAGAUUUUCUACGUAUUGUUGUACUCUCUCGUAGAUUUUUCACUACACAUCUUUAGUUCUGGUGUAGUUUGUAUUCAGCAGGGAAGCCUUAUAUGUCUGAUUCGCAAAUAUGAAGCAGGUACCUUCCCAGACUGGGGCCGUGGACGUAGGGCAGCCAUCCUGGGGUUUGGAUCUCCCGCUUCGUUGCUCACUAGAUUAAGGCUCUUGCUUAUAAUUUUGAUCUUCUCGCUUGCCUAAACCUAAUUUUUGAUUUGGAGUACUUUGUGAUAAAAGGGUAUCCUGCUUGUUGGUUCAAGCCCAUCUUCUAAUUAUCUUAUGUGAGUAAGUGAGUAGACAUUGCCGCAACUAGCAGUAGCAGUAGGAGUACUUCUGGGUCAUGUAUUCUUGCUUCUUCGUUGCCAUUUCGAAGAGUAAAAAAAUGGUUGAAAGACCAGAGCUGUCCUUGUCUCUCCUCUCUGUGUUCCACGUAUUAUCCUAUGAGUAUGUUGUUGAAGAUUCGUUUAUCCAAUUUCAAAUUCUUGAAUUCUCCAUCAUUGAAACUUGAUUACCUACAACCCAAAAAAUUGCGCUACCAGUCUAAUACGAGAAAAUCUUACAUCAGCACAAUGUUACGAAUGCAGCAGAUAUGGGCUGGUUUCUUUUUGCAAGGAGCUCCUUAGACAUCGUUCGCGCAGGCAGGAGAAUGCGGGCACUGGAUGCCUGACACCAUGAUGAACUUGACAGCGAAGAAGAUACUGUCUUCAUGAAUGCAGAACUAAUACGUAAACACAUCCACGAGGAGGUGAAAAAAAGAUAAAGUUCCUAAUAGAAUAAUCAUGAGGUUCGUUUGCGCGAUGACCAUCACUUUCUCUACGACUACGAGGAACGCUCACGUCCACCCGUAAAAACAAGCGUCUAUUCAAUUUCACCAAUACAAAUCUACCCACAGGAGCUCUGUGAAUCUAGUUGCUUACACCAAGAAGCUGCAUGCUGACAUAUCUAUAAAAUCCACACGAGGACGGAUCUUCCAGUGGUAGAUAAUACAUGUCUUUGAAGUUUUGACGUUGGAACAAAAUCGCCUGAUUAUACUCCGACGCAUUGGCAUUGCACGAAUUAUCUGCUAUUUGCGAAGAGAAAACGCUUACCAUUGCUAUUGAAUACUUCAUCUCGUCAUCAUACGUUCGGGAGUAAAACGCUUUUUAGUAAAUUCAUGAGCUCUGUCUCGCCAUAUUAGUUGUGAUUCAGUUACAGCUUUUGCCAUCGAGUUAUUUCUUCGGAGAAGGAUUCGCCAGAUUUUUAGACAAAGAAACACACAACGACAUGUUCACCACGCCCGUGCAUCUUUCGUGGUGGUGAGAGCCUUGUUGCGCCAACAAGACAGUUUUUUUUUGUCGAGGAGAAGGCGCGUCUAGGAUGAGGAUCGCGCUUCCAUCUCAACUAGAUGAAGUCACAGAAAGUGUCGGCUUGUUGAAAGACCAUCUUCUUGUUGAAAGCAGAAGGCAUUCAAGAUGCAGCUUUGAAGAAGAUCAUUUCUUUUGAGUAUUAAAGACGGCGAGUAGGAGUGCUUUAUCUUUUUUUGGAAAUUCUUCCCGUUUCGCUGUGGCUGUUGUAGGAAAAACACAAAGAGUGCUGCUGUUUGUUCGUCCGCUCUUGAGG